AUGGCAGACGCGGAGACUGUCUUAAAUAAGUUGCUCGACAGAAUCGUUGAGGAACCGCACAAAAGUGGAAUAAGAUCAUUCAUUCCUUUGACAAGCGGAGGCGGGAACUAUACUUCAGCAUUAUUUAAAAUCACAAUCACGGCAAAGAAUGCAGAUGACCUGAAACUUUUUGCUAAAGUAGCUGAUGUUAAAGGCCAACUAAGAGAUUUAAUGAACGUGAAAUUAUUGUUUGAUACGGAACAAUUCGUAUAUUCUGAGCUCGGGAAGACUUACGAAAAAAUACAAGACAAACACAACGUUGCACCGGAGUACAGGUUCACAUUCCCCAAAUUCUACGGCGGUGAGAGUGUUGAAGAACAAGAGACAGUUGUUUUAGAAGAUUUGGUGUCCAAAGGAUAUAACACAUAUAGCAGGUUUAAAUCCAUCGAUUGGGAGCAUGCAGCGACUGCAGUUGAAUCUCUUGCACGGUUCCAUGCAUUAUCCUUUGCAUUUGAAAAGGAGGAUCCUGUAAAUUUCGCUAAAGCACUGGAAAAACUGAAAUAUCAUAUACCGGAACAUGACGACAAUCUGAGAGAGACGGGAAUUAAAAUUGUGGAUGAUGCCAUUCAGGUUACUAAAGAAGAACACAAGGAGGCAAUCAGAAACUUGAUGGCAGCUAUAGAUGACUCAACUCAAGAAGAAGUAUAUCAAUAUAAGCUGCCAUUGAGUAAGCCAGUUUUAUGUCACGGGGACUACAGAGUAAGCAAUCUCAUGUACCAGCGACAGAAUGGACACCUGAAAACUAUAGUUUUGGAUUUCCAAACUUGCCACGUCGGAUGUGCUCUCAUUGACCUGCUGUACCUGGAGUUCACGGGCACAGACGAAGAGUUCCGACGAGAGAACCACCAGAAGUUCAUUGACCAUUACUUCCAAGAGUUGACUCGGGCCCUAGGUAGACUGGGCUUGGAUGUAAACGACGUGUAUCCUAGGGAGCUAUUUGAUGAUGAACUUCGGCAGAUGCUGCCAGUUACGCUUCGCUUAGCUAUUUUUGUCCUUCCAUUGGUGCUGGUGGAAGCUGAACUUGCUCCGCAAUUUGGAAAGGAUGGGGAUUAUGAAAGUAUAGCCAUAUCACCUAACCAACUCUUUGCUGAACGGUUUAGUGGUAUCGUCAGUGAUUGUGUGCGUUGGGGGGUUAUAUAA